AUGGAUCAGGUAAUGCAGUUUGUCCAGCCAAGUUGGCAGUUUGUAAAGGACUCAAUUCACCUGGUUAAAAGAUGCACCAAACCUGAUAGAAAAGAUUUCCAGAAGAUUGCCAUGGCCACAGCGACUGGACUCGCUAUCAUGGGGUUCAUUGGCUUCUUUGUUAAACUCACCCACACCCCUAUUAAUAAAAUUAUUGUGGGUGGCUGA